AAGAUGUGAAGUGUAUCGCUUUGGAAAAGCAGGUGUAUUUACCAUUCUUUAGUUACCCACGGCACGGUGAAGACGCGCGUUUAAUGUGUGCAACUUGUCACCAUAUACACUGCGUGUACCCAUAACAUAUUCGUCUAAAAUUAAAGCUUUUAUAUUAUCUGUCGGCCAGGUCCUAACUCAAUAAUACGGCGGCGCAUAUUUUGUGUGUUAUUUUGAACCUUUUUACUACGACCUUUCAUUGUGAUAAGCCUCCUUAUUUAACUAUCGAUUAGUUUCUCAAUUAAAUUUUCAUUUCAUUAAAGUGGCUAUAUAGUGGCGCGAAAGGAACACUUUUUGUUCGCCUUUAACCAUCCGAUUGAGUUGUGUGACCCACUUCACUUUUUUGCUGCGUAGAUACACAUCACGCUGAGUUUUCACUUAAGGAAUUUAAGGAAUAUACAUUUUCAUCUCGACAAAAAAGUUGUCGAUACUUUGACUAGAUACAAAGUUGUGCAUACCUGUAGAUGCAGUGAAGUGUUAAUGUGCUAAUAGAUACGAGAGGCUUGAAAGGUGCUGCUAAAUUGACAGUAUAUUUUCCGGAUGCGCGUUUCGAGUAAAAGUAAAAUUUUCAAGAGUGACGAAAGCAAGCUAUAAACUUCAUUAAGAAAUAAAAAGCCGGGACGUAUUUCAAGGAACGUGGAACUUUAAAGGGAGAUAAAGUAACAAAAGAUUUGCAAUAAAUUUUAAAGAGACAUCAUCGACUCAAAGAUAACAACAUGAGAAAGAUGCGAAUUAAGAAGAUUUGGCUGACGAUUGCAAUUUUCCUUUCACUACAGAUUGCUUAUGCUGAAGAUAUCGAUGUAGUCAAAGCUGUAUCCGGAGACGAAGCAUCUGAGAACGAGAAUGAAGUGGACCAAAUUGCUCAGGAAUCAGAUCAAGACAACUCACCAAAAGUUCAUUAUCAACACAAUAUACAAAACAAUCCUGGCCGAGGUAAUAUUCCAGGUUUGCCUUUGGCCUUAAGUCAACCAUUCGGACCCCCACCGCCGCCACAGCUCACUUAUCAAGGUCCUCCACCACCGUUGCCUUUGAGACCACAGAAUUUACCCGAUCUAAGUAUUGGUGCAUCGAAUAAUAACGAAAUCUGGGCAUCACCUGGACAGGAUAUGCCUAAGAUCAUAUCUUUGGAUGUUAAGUGUGAAAAGAAUGGCAUGAAAGUAUUCGUACAGUUCGAUAAACCCUUCUACGGAAUAGUCUUUUCCAAGGGCCACUAUAGCAACAUUAACUGUGUCCAUUUGCCAUCGGGUCUGGGUCGUAGCUCGGCAACAUUUGAUAUUGGGCUUCACGAGUGUGGGACAUCGGGCAACACAGAGAAUGGUCUCUAUGGCUAUGGUCAUGAAUCUGGAUCGGGAACAUAUUUUGAAAAUAUUAUCGUCUUGCAGUACGAUCCACAGGUUCAAGAGGUCUGGGAUCAAGCUAGAAAACUUCGUUGCACAUGGCAUGAUCAAUAUGAGAAGAGUGUUACAUUUAGGCCGUUCCCAGUGGAUAUGCUGGACGUGGUGAGAGCCGACUUCGCUGGUGACAACGUUGGAUGCUGGAUGCAAAUUCAAGUUGGAAAGGGACCUUGGGCCUCUGAAGUUUCGGGACUUGUUAAGAUUGGACAGACUAUGACAAUGGUCCUCGCUAUCAAGGAUGAUGAUUCCAAAUUUGAUAUGUUGGUAAGAAACUGCGUGGCGCAUGACGGAAAAAGAGCCCCUAUUCAACUUGUCGACCAACGAGGAUGUGUAACUAGACCAAAGCUUAUGUCGAGGUUUACAAAAAUUAAAAACUUUGGUGCCAGCGCGUCAGUACUUUCCUAUGCCCAUUUCCAAGCAUUCAAGUUCCCCGAUUCUAUGGAGGUGCAUUUCCAGUGCACGAUACAAAUUUGUAGGUACCAAUGUCCAGAUCAGUGCUCCGACCCCAAUCUUCAAGAAGUCCAUCAGCUCCAAGUUGGACCCGAGUCCCAGUAUGGCCCACCACCACUUCAAUUGGACUCAUACCAUGUUGGAGGUUCUAUCGGCAAGCGGCGAGAUGAGCGUACAGUUCGUCGAUCCAGAGCCGUCAAUCCUGAACCAGAAGUGGGGCUUAACCGAAUAAUUAAAGUUGUUUCGUCGGGUGAUCUCACCUUUGCCAUCGAAGAGAGCACGAAUACCACAACCGAAAACCAGCCAACAACUAUGGUCUUCCCAGCCAGAGACGAUGGCUUGAUCUGCAUGACCACGCCUGGCUUCACGAUAACUCUGGUAAUUCUGCUAAGCAUCUUGGUGGUUUCAUGUCUGAUGUCUGCCGUCCUCUAUGUUCGAUUGCGCCCGUUUUCAAUGUCAAAGAAAGAACACUCUGUAGCAUUUACAAAUCCCCAGCUUACAGCCACACUGUCUCACAUCAUCCAGGGACAAAAAUCUGUGCCAAAAAAUCGUAAUCUCUCGUGAGAGGUCAACUUAGCGUUUAUAGGUUUAGCAAAAUCAAACAAAAACAAUUUACUGAAAUAAAUAUUUAUUUCCGAGUAUUUUUCUUCUUAAAAGGCCGAACGCAUUAUUCUAAUAGUGUGGAGUAGGCCUAAGGUAAAACAAAUAGUUCAAAUCAUUUUUGAUACAAAACAAAAAAACGGUGCUAUAAACAUAGCUUUAUGUUAAAAAAAUUUACCUGAAUCUAAAAAAAACUAACAACAUUUAUACGAAAUUAUUUUGUGUUUUUUUUUUGUUUUUUACGUAAAUGUCUUGAAGAAUUAUUGUUUAUUUUGAGUUUAGGACAACCUCAAGUAUGAAAUUGUUUCAAAAUCUUGUGCUGAAGUUAAAUUUGACUAUUUAAUAAAAAAAAACUAAAUUAAAAAAUAAUAUUCUCUGCUUUAACAAAAUAUUUAUAGAAAUAGAAAUGUUUUAUUUUUCUCGUUUUUUUUCCAAAUAGUCAUUUCACUUUAUUUUCUAAGCUUAAGUACAAUUUUAUUUAUGUUUAGUUCUUAAGUAUUUAUAUAACAGGUUAGACAAUUUAUUUUAAGAAAUAAAAGAAAUAUAUCACCACACA